CACAGCUCUUCCUGGGCUCUUAUACUGCACGCCACAGCCCAGCCGCUUUGGGACACCAUAGAGACGCAAGCUUCGCAAGACAUUUCAUCAACGACACUUCAGCUGCACGAUGAGCGGUUUGUCGUGGGCGGUGGCGGUGGCUGUGAUGGCGGUGCUGUGCGUGGGCGUGGUGCGGGCGGACGAGUGUUCCCUCACGCCCGUAAUCCACAUACUCUCGUACCCGGGCUGCACUUCCAAGCCCAUCCCGUCCUUCGCCUGCCAGGGCCGCUGUACUUCGUACGUCCAGGUGUCUGGCAACAAGCUGUGGCAAACGGAGAGGUCGUGCAUGUGUUGCCAGGAGUCGGGCGAGCGGGAGGCGGCCAUCACCCUCAGCUGCCCCAAGGCUCGACCCGGCGAGCCCAAGGAAAAGAAGGUCCUGACCCGAGCCCCAAUUGACUGCAUGUGUCGGCCGUGCACGGAUGUUGAAGAGGGGACAGUCUUGGCACAGGAGAUUGCCAAUUUCAUUCAUGACUCUCCAUUGGGCAGCGUUCCUUUCCUCAAAUAGGUUACGUAACCAUCAUCUCUGCCCACCACAACCACCACCUAUUCCUUAUGUAUACUUAUUGUGAAAGAAAUCGUUUCAGAAUACUUCCUUAUUCCUUGUCACCUAAUAUUAUCUUUGUAGCAUACUAAUACUAACAUACUCACAUCAAGUAUAUGGUUAUGAUUAUUAGGACUUUUAAAGCAUGAACAAACAACAACUUGAACAACAAGUGAUUUAAUAGUUAAUAAUAUAUGGUUAUUAUGUUGUGUGACACUAACAUAAAGUGGAUUGUACAAUAUGCAGAGAAUAUAUUGAGAAAUGUCACACAUUUAGCAUCUUGAAAUAACAGCCAUGAUAGAGAUGGUUUCGGCAUAUUAUUAGAAAUAUUUUGAUUUCAUUAAAUCUUACCCUGUGCUUCCUUUAUCAACAAAUGUGAUUGGUUAAGAUGCUUCUUGAGUUUAAUUUCUUCCUUUACUCUGCCUGACAUAUGCAUGACUUUCAGGUUAUGUCCACAUUGUAGCUCUUGAGUAGAGUAAAUUGCACAUUAAUGUUGAAUUUGUUGGCUCCAAUUUUUAUGGUAGUUUUACCAACAAUAUAUGUUGACUUCAUCUUUUUUAGGUUUCAUAUAUCUGAUAAUGCAUUGAAUUCAAACAUGUACUACUUCAGCGCCUGUUAAUGUCCUGGAAUCUGUAGCCCAAUCCCUUUGGGAAUCCACAUGUGUAAAUGAUACUUAAAAAAUAUUUUUAAGCAAG